AUCAUUGGAGCGCAGUGAAGUAGCCUUUGGAGACGAGGGAGGGGGCCGGUCCGACAGCCACAGCGGCCAGCGCAGCGGCAGCGGCGGCGGCACCAUCAUCGCUCGCAACCCAGGCUCUCCGACCGCGAGGAGGCAGCGGCUGCCGCCGGCGGGAGCACAAGAGGUGGCGGAGGAGGAGCAGGAGCGCGCAGCCGUUGGGUCUACGCAUCUCUGCACUUCCAGGGCAACUCCGGCGCCUUGCACACCCCCGCCCGAGGCUGGGGGCUCCGAAAGCGGCCGCGAAGCCAACCCGACACUGCCCCGGAGCCCUGCUCAGUCCUACCUUGCGCCUCCUGGACUCUGGUCCGUGCGGCGGGGUCCCGGCUCCUGCGCCCCGGGAGCGCCUCCCGGACACCCCGGCCCCAGCAGCCAGGACAAAGCCAUGAAGCCGGCGCUGCUGGAAGUGAUGAGGAUGAACAGAAUUUGCCGGAUGGUGCUGGCCACUUGCUUGGGAUCCUUUAUCCUGGUCAUCUUCUAUUUCCAAAGUAUGUUGCACCCAGUCAUGCGGAGGAAUCCCUUUGGUGUGGACAUCUGCUGCCGGAAGGGGUCCCGAAGCCCUCUGCAGGAGCUCUACAACCCGACCCAGCUGGAGCUCUCCAACAGCGCCAUUUUGCACCAGAUGAGGCGGGACCAGGUCACAGACACAUGCCGAGCCAACAGUGCCAUGAGCCGCAAGCGACGGGUCCUGACCCCCAACGACCUGAAGCAUUUGGUGGUGGAUGAGGACCAUGAGCUCAUCUACUGCUACGUGCCCAAGGUGGCAUGUACCAACUGGAAGCGGCUCAUGAUGGUCCUGACGGGGCGGGGCAAGUACAGUGACCCCAUGGAGAUCCCGGCCAAUGAGGCCCAUGUCUCCGCCAACCUGAAGACCCUGAACCAGUACAGCAUCCCGGAAAUCAACCACCGCUUGAAAAGCUACAUGAAGUUCCUGUUUGUCCGUGAGCCCUUUGAGAGGCUGGUGUCCGCCUACCGCAACAAGUUCACCCAGAAGUACAACACCUCCUUCCACAAGCGAUACGGCACCAAGAUCAUCAAGCGCCAGCGGAAGAAUGCCACCCAGGAGGCCCUGCGCAAAGGGGAUGAUGUCAAAUUUGAGGAGUUCGUGGCCUAUCUCAUCGACCCACACACCCAGCGGGAAGAGCCGUUCAACGAACACUGGCAAACCGUCUACUCUCUCUGCCACCCUUGCCACAUCCAUUAUGACCUCGUGGGCAAGUAUGAGACGCUGGAAGAGGAUUCUAAUUAUGUCCUGCAGCUGGCAGGAGUGGGCAGCUACCUGAAGUUCCCCACCUAUGCAAAGUCUACGAGAACUACUGAUGAAAUGACCACAGAAUUCUUCCAGAACAUCAGCUCGGAGCACCAAACGCAGCUGUACGAAGUCUACAAACUCGAUUUUUUAAUGUUCAAUUACUCAGUGCCAAGCUACCUGAAAUUGGAAUAAAGGGGAUGGGGAGAGGGAGAGAAUCAUGCUGUUUAAUUUAAGAUUUUUAUUUGUCAAAAGAAAUAUAUGGAUAUUGGGUUAUUUUGUAAAUUAAUAUUUCUUUGGGGAUGAUGCUGCGAGCAGCAUAGUGAGAAUUAUUUAAAAUCCUUAGUAGGGAAGGACAGCUGUCUGUGCAGGGGAAUAGGAUGGGUAUCCUUGUUUUUAGAAGUGAAUUCUGCAACACUGUCUUGAAGGUUUCCUUGUGUUCUGGUGAAUUCCAUGAACUGUGCAUUCCAUAAAUUCUAAUUAAUAUUAUUUAUAGCUAUU